AGAUGCAUCCCUCCAAUACAAUAGUCUAAUAUUGUGCAUCCCUUGAAGACUUAAUACUAAUGAUGUGUGUGUGUCUUACCAGGUAACAACAAUCAGGCACCCAAGAUUGUCGAAGCGCCGAGACACACGUUCGUUCUCGAAGGGAGAGUAGCCGAGUUGAGGUGUCGCACCAUCGGCAAACCGCCUCCCAAAGUCCAAUGGAAGAAGAACAACCACUGGUUGAAGUGGCUGCACUUGUGCGACAACAAAGACGAGAGACUGUGCGUCAGACCGGAUGGCACUCUGGUCAUCAAGGACGCUAUCAUUCAAGACAGCGGCAAUUACAGCUGCAGAUCCAAGAAUCACAUGGGCAAAGUAGAGAGCGAAACCAUCUACUUCGGUGUCCAACAGAGAGACUCCAGGCCGCCACAGUUUUUGAACGGUGGCCCGGAUAAUGUAAACAUCCAAAGCGGGAUGCUUGGCGGAACCGUCACAGUUAAAUGUGAGGCGGCCGGCAAUGGACAUUUGACAUUCAGUUGGACGAAAGAGUCCGGCGACAAGAAACUACCUGGAGACCGAGCGUAUGAGACCGAAGACCACAGCUUGGUGAUUAAACAUUUUGAGAGGUCGGAUGCCGGAUAUUAUGCUUGUACUGUCACGAACGAGCACGGCUGGACAAGCAAGAUGAUCAGUGUAUCUCUCGUGGCCGCACAUAGUCACGUACCCACCAAGCCACCGCCACUGACCCAUCCUCCAUUCAAGAUCACGAAUUCCCCUGAGGAUCAGACUGUUUACGUGGGCGACGACGUGAUGUUUGAUUGUGAGAUUCAAGGGCCGAUAGAUACGGCCUUGUUGUGGUAUGAUGGAAUCGUGAAGGCGGACGGUCCGGAUCAACCGGGCGCUCUCAUUGGGGCGCGUCCCGAUGGCGAAGGCGAAGCUCUUCUUACAAAAGAUCGACGCUUUUUUAUAUAUGAGAAUGGAACGCUUAGCAUCACUAAUGUUACACUGAAAGACAACAAACGAAGCUUUGUUUGUCAGGGUUACAGUAACACUGCUGGAGUGAUCAGUUCGUCGGCGACUCUGACAGUAAAUGGACUCGACAGUGAUGCUUCUGGUCUACCUACACCGUCCGUCCGACCGCUUGUUCAGAUCGAUAGAGAUGCUAUGAUGUUUCUUCAUGCUUCCUCUGGUACUGUGUACAUUCCUCCUAAUGGCUUUUUUGCAAAAAGAGUGACGUGCAUCACUAAUAAGAAAGCUAGCAUCUCAUGGGUGUAUGAUGAUGGUGUUGUAUUGGAUCCUGCUUUAUAUGGCAUUAUGACAUUGAAUGACACUGCCAGUGCUAUGGAUAUCAGUAGACAGCUGUUUGUCAAUGUACCAGGCAGGUUAACAAUUCUUCAAAUACACUGCCAAGCAGGAAACAUAAGCAGCACUAAAUUUCUAUUUCAACUGGGAGCUGCUCCAUCUGUGGAAACUCCUCCUGUUGAUCAAACUGUGAAUGAGGGUGCAGACUUUGUAGAAUUCAACUGCAUUUUUUCUAUGACUGUGCCUGUACCGACUGUUGGCUGGAUAUUUACUAACAGUGAUGGUCACAUGCAAACAUUACAAGAGCAGACACUUCUUUCAGGUACAAGGACGAGUAUUACUAGAAUAUCUUCAAUUUCAAGAGACAAAAGUGGUCGCUAUGAUUGUGUUGUUGAGAAUGAAUUUGACAAAGUCACUUCAUCGGCACAUUUGACUGUACAAUAUUUUGACGGUGUCGGUCUUAGUGUUAUUCCAAGCAAUGAACUUGUAUAUAAAACAAAUGGGACUUUAGUCAUCAACGUGUCAUCAGUUCCAGCUGCAACUGAGAUACGUCUGAGUCGAAAUAAUGUUGUAUUCUUCUCAUCAUCUAAAGGCAAUCUCAACAGAGCAAUAGGAACUGUCAUAGUGAACGAGAACAAUCACAUACAGUACAUCUUUACCAUUGAUAAAAGCUGGAACACUAUGGUAACGGCAUAUGCUGAACAUCCACUAGGGAGUAAUACAUCAACUCAAGUAAUAACUGUACUUGGUCCAAUUGAUGUGUCUGUAAACACCUCUUGUUAUAACAAUAAUAACAGUUUACUGGUUAAGUGGACUGUGUACAGUAAUGGUGGACAUGACAUCAGCAAUUACACACUGAGAUGGAGAAAAGGUUGUAGUAAUACUCCAACUACAUUGCUCAACUCAAAGACAUGGAUGGUAUCGGGCAAUGCUAGAUUUACACAGCAAGGAGGCAGUUACAGAAUACCAGGACUGGAUGGUAACACAACAUAUUGUAUAGACGUGGAAGCAACAAAUAGUAUUGGACCAAUGUCGACGACAGUCAAAGCAACUACACUGUCUGUCCCAAACCAGCCUGAACUUCAAUGCAAUCCCACGUUGACCACAAAUACAAGUGUAGCAAUGACUUGGGUAGUCAGCGGCAAUGGUGGUGAUGACGUCUCACAUUAUACUGUAGUAUUGAGUGAAGAUCUGAAUUUCACGCUGAUAGCAUAUUCAAAGACUCUGUUUGUGGUUGACAAUUCUGAGUUGACACAGAAGGGUGGAAUGGUUACUGUGCCAGGUCUUUCUGGUGGAACAACAUAUUAUGCAAAGGUUGUUGCAAGAAAUUGUGUUGGUGCUAGUGUUUCUGCUACACAGUCUUGCUCCACACGCUGUGGUCAGUGUGCUUGUCCAUUAUUGCAGCCACGAGCAGCCAAAGAAGUAUUUUUGUCUGAUGCCACCAUAACACUGACAGUAAAAGCUCCUGACUUGAAUUGUCAAAUUGACAAAUACAUUGUGAAAGACGUAGCAUCCGCUGACGAACUCCAGUCAUCAUCUUCUGUGGAGAAUGGUAUUGUAACUAUUACCAUAACGGGACUGGAGGCAGGAGCAAACUAUACAGUUCAAGUGUAUACAGUACAUGAUCAAUCACAGGAACGUCCAAUAGGGAAACCAGUCACAUUUCUAAUAUCAAGCCAAGAUAAAGGUGAGGAAAAAGGUCUAUCAUCAGAUGUUGUAGGUGGUGUGGCUGCUGCAGUUGUGUUGGCGAUCAUUCUCAUCAUUGCUGGUGUGAUAAUAUGUCUAUACAGAAAGAAGAGAGAUGUAACCAAGUCCACUCGAGAGACUAGUAGGACAGUCAGAAGUCUAACAUAUGAAGACCCAUUGCAAACUCCAAUCUCAGACACAGCGAUGCAACAAUCAAGUACAAAUGGCGUGGUGGGAAGGGAGAGAACAGCCGGUGACUCGGAAGUAAAGAUGCAGGAAUCACGAGCAUAUGCAACGAUACCCAUGCAAGUGGCUACUACCAAUGCAACCGUGUCCAACUUGUAGAGACAGCUGUCGGACAUAAACAAAGAUUGUUUCUGUAGUAGAUGAGUUUCUUACUUACAUGCAAAAUUGCUUAGGAGUUAUUCUGCAUGUUGUGAUCCGUGGCUCACUUUUCUUCUGGUGAUGCAUUGUGUUUACAUAUAGUUUAUAGACAAAAAAGUGUUUAUAUAUG